UGAGAGUGCAGCCUAAACCCAGUCCUUGCACGCCUUCCAGACACUGGGUCUUUAAGUGACACGUGACGGCCCGGGGCCUGGGCCCCGCCUCUUUCCCCUCCCCAGGUGCUCUGGUGUGGACUGGAAGCGCCGGCCCCGGCGGAUUCACUGGAGCACGGACUCUGCGGCCGGUUGGGCCGGUGCCCUUUCCCGCUCUGGGAAGGAAGAGAGAUGGAAUUGAAAAGGUUGAGCAUUUCCUGGCAAUUCUUGAUAGUCCUCGUUCUGAUCCUGCAAAGCCUGUCUGCAUUGGAUUUUGACCCGUACAGAGUCCUAGGGGUCAGCCGCACAGCCAGUCAGGCUGACAUUAAAAAGGCAUAUAAGAAGCUCGCUCGGGAAUGGCAUCCUGACAAAAACAAAGACCCUGGAGCAGAGGACAAGUUCAUUCAGAUCAGCAAGGCUUAUGAGAUUCUGUCCAAUGAGGAGAAGAGGACAAACUAUGACCACUACGGUGAUGCGGGUGAGAACCAAGGCUACCAGCAGCAGCGCGAGUACCGCUUCCGCCAUUUCCACGAGAACUUCUAUUUUGAUGAAUCCUUUUUUCACUUCCCUUUCAAUUCCGAGCGGCGGGACUCAAUCGAUGAGAAGUACUUGUUGCACUUUUCACACUACGUGAAUGAAGUGGUUCCCGACAGCUUCAAAAAACCCUACCUCAUUAAGAUCACGUCGGAUUGGUGCUUUAGCUGUAUCCACAUCGAGCCUAUCUGGAAGGAAGUGGUCCAGGAACUGGAAGGACUGGGUGUGGGGAUUGGUGUUGUCCAUGCUGGGUACGAAAGACGCCUGGCCCAUCACCUGGGAGCACACAGCACCCCCUCCAUCCUAGGGAUCAUCAAUGGGAAGAUCUCUUUCUUCCACAAUGCGGUAGUUCAUGAGAACCUACGGCAGUUCGUGGAGAGCCUUCUUCCAGGGAACUUGGUGGAGAAGGUCACAAAUAAAAAUUAUGUGCGGUUCCUCUCUGGCUGGCAGCAGGAGAAUAAGCCACAUGCCCUCCUGUUCGGCCAGACACCAGCAGCGCCACUGCUGUACAAGUUGACGGCCUUUGCAUACAAAGAUUAUGUGUCAUUUGGAUAUGUGUAUGUGGGCUUGAGAGGUGUGGAGGAGAUGACCAGGCAGUACAACGUCAACAUCUAUGCCCCCACCAUGCUGAUCUUCAAAGAGCACAUCAACAAGCCUGCCGAUGCGAUCCAGGCUCGGGGGCUGAAGAAGCAGGUCAUCGAGGACUUCAUCACCCAAAACAAGUACCUGCUGGCGUCCCGGCUCACCAGCCAGAAGUUGUUCCAUGAACUCUGCCCCGUGAAGCGGUCUCACCGACAGAGAAAAUACUGCGUGGUUCUGCUGACAGCUGAGGCUAACAAACUAAGCAAACCCUUUGACGCCUUCCUGUCAUUUGCACUGGCAAAUACUCAAGACACGGUGCGCUUUGUGCACGUCUACAGCAGCCGGCAGCAGGAGUUUGCCAGCACCUUGCUACCGGACAUUGAAGCAUUCCAGGGGAAGUCAGGGGUGUCCAUCUUGGAAAGGCGGAACACAGCAGGGAGGGUGGUGUUUAAAACCCUGGAAGACCCCUGGACUGGCAGUGAGAGCGAUAAGUUCGUCCUUUUGGGUUAUCUUGACCAGCUGCGGAAAGAUCCAGCAUUUCUGUCCUCAGAAGCGGUGCUCCCUGACCUGACUGACGAACUGGCCCCUGUGUUUCUCCUCCGGUGGCUCUACUCUGUGUCUGACUACCUCUCGGACUUCUGGGAGAGCCUGCUGCACAGUAACUGGCGGGAGAUGAUGCCCUUGCUGUCCCUCAUCUUCUCAGCCCUCUUCAUCCUGUUCGGCACUGUCAUCGUCCAGGCUUUCAGUGACUCAAAUGAGGAGCGGGAGUCUCACCCUCCGGAUAAAGAGGAAGUCCCUGAGAAGGCUGGGAAGACUGAGCCGAGCUUCACCAAAGAGAGCAGCAGCAAAAUUCCUAAAAAAGGCUUUGUGGAGGUGACUGAACUCACAGAUGUGACGUACACCAGUAAUUUGGUACGCCUGAGGCCGGGUCACAUGAAUGUGGUCCUCAUCCUGUCCAAUUCCACCAAGACAAGCCUGCUGCAGAAGUUUGCUUUGGAAGUCUACACAUUCACCGGGGUCCCCGAGGUAAACAUGGAGGCCUGCCUCCUAACUGGAUGAAUCUAAACCAACAGCCACCUGUGGAUCGCUCUUGCUCUUCACUCACCAGAGAGAUCAUACGGCGGGGAAACUUCCACAAGGUCACAGCCCACCACAUUCAGGCCUUGACAGCCCCGGAUGAUCUCCAGAGCCUGCCCAAGGUGAGCAUGACAGUCAUUUCCAAUGAGAAGCAACCAGUGAAGGCACAGAUAACCCACGCUUGACCUAGGCGUGUACUGGCUACAGCCACGCAAGGUGACCCAGGUACACAAUUCACAGCACACAGCCCCUCUACUAGGGGCUCCGAGGUGCGACAGUGGAGUCGAGCAAGCCAUGCAAUGCCAUGUGCCAUGAUCCUCGAGACAAGCAAUCUUCAGGAAACAGCCUGGGCGAGAGAAGGCUUCCCAAAAUAUAAACAAGAAGAGAACAUUCUGGGCAAAGACACAGGCUAAGGUACCAAAGGAGAUAGGCACGGGGUGGGGCUUAGGAACAGGUACAGAGGCCUUACUGAAGAACUUCCCAUCCUCUACAUGAAAAACAGACAGGGCUUAGGGUUGCUCCAGAAAUACUCUGGAUGGGACGGGAUGGCUGUGAGAGACAGUUAUGAGCGUCCUCCUUUCUUAGAAGAUGCAUGCAAUUUACUUAGACCUUGGACAGCCUGCCCCUCAUACCCUGCCUCCAAGGACAUGAUAAUCAGGGCCAUGGGAAAAGACCCUGCCCUGGGGGAUCUCAGCAUGGCUCCAGCCACCUGGGCAGGGUCAGUCUCCCAUGUGUGCACUUCACAAAUGUCACCAUAAGAGCUUGGUGCGUUGUAUAUUGGUUUGAGGCUGGGAAUGUUGCAAAGACCUUUGUUCAUACUACGAAUGAGUGCUACUACUGGGACACCCUCUCAGCCCCAACACUCAGUGUUCUUAGGAGGGGACACUACAAAAUGUUCUCCAUGAAUUGAGAGGCAGAAAGAAUGAUAGAGGCCUGGGCAGGGGUGACACAUGCCUCUAAUCCCAGCACAGCACUCGGGAGGCAGAGGCCGGUGGAGCUCUGAGUUCAAGGCCAGCUUGGUCUACAGAGCAAGUUCCAGGACAGCCAGGGCUACACAGAGAAACCCUGCCUCAAAGAAGAAGAGAGGAGAAGAAGGAGGGAGGAGGAAGAGGAAGGGGAAAAGAAUGAGAGAGAAAGAGAAAGAAAGAAGAAAGAAAGAAAGAAAGAAAGAAGGAAGGAAAGAAAGAAGGAAAGAAA